UGCCAACGCCUCCCCUCUCCUCUCGGCAGCUCUAUGUAUUACGAUGAGGACGGGGAUCUUGCUCACGAGUUCUACGAGGAGACAAUCGUCACCAAGAACGGGAGGAAGCGCGCCAAGCUGAAGAGGAUCCACAAGAACCUGAUACCUCAGGGCAUAGUGAAACUAGAGCAUCCUCGCAUUCACGUGGAUUUCCCAGUGAUUAUCUGCGAGGUGUGAGUCCCAGACAUCGCUGCCUGCGGGUGGGAGGCCCUGCCCCACCGCCCCCAGCCUUGCCUGGCCAGGCUGCAUCGUGUUCCCACCGAGGAGGACUCCAGGAAUGUGGCGGGACGGUGGCUCUUCCCUCACCUGGAUGUGAGGCAGGAUGGAGCAGGCCCUCGCAGGAGAUGGGUGACUGUGUGCAACGACUGCUUAAAAACAUCCUUGCUUGAGUCAGAAGACUAAAAUACCUUUUGUAGCCUCUAGCCGACGUUUGAUGGGUAACUGGAACUGCAAACAAGCUGCUGUGAUUGAGCUGUGAAAGGGAGAGCAAGCCUGCACUUCUCACAAGAGAGAAUCCCCUGCUUCUCAGGUAUGCGGCCCAGGGAGAGCCAGGGCAUGGUAAUGCCCUGCCCUGCACCCCGAAGUCCCUGGGGCCCGCAGGUUAGAUGGCCAGUGUUGCAGCAUGUCCCUUUGACACCGGUAUGAUGUGAUGCUCCCCUGUGUGGGUUUGUUUCUGGAGGAUAAACAGGGCAGGCUGAGGGGUCUCAAAGCACAUCAGGCUGGCUGCUGCUCUCCUCUUGCAAAGGGGAUGGAGAUCAGAUGCCUUUCUCUUAGGCCUCGGUCUCUUCCCCCACUUCUUGGAAAACUGCAUUUCCCUGCUUAUGCCAGCGCUGGGGAGGUUGGCUUUGCUGCUGCCUGCUGGAGAACUCUGCAGUCCCUGGCCACUGCUGGUGGCAGCAAGGUCCCAGCUCUGCAGCAGACUUUCCUCCUCCAUUGUCACGCUGGCUCCUGCUGAGCGCCAUCCCUCGCCUGCUGUGGGGCUGGGCUGCCGGGCAGCUUCCUCACCCCCGCUGCUGUUUGAACAGAUACCUCCCUGUAGGCUGGGCCUCGACUGAGCCAAGCAGGAAAGGAAUCCUCUCUUCCUUCCCUGUGCCCCCAAAACAAUCAAUCAGCGUACCUGCCCCGGCUUGGAAAUCUCCCUGGCGAUGUGAACUGUGGUUCCUCCCGCAUCCCAGCUGGUGGCAGGAGGAGAAAUGCGAUGCACUUUAAAGGGAGGCUUUCUGCCCCACCUCAGAAGGUCCUGCUCUUUUCUCCUCUUUCCUCCCACCUGAGAAGGUCGAGGUCUUGGCGGCACUGAAGAACCUCUCACCCCUGCGUGUGUCCAGCUGCUGGGGGAAAGGCCUGACCCCAAAUGCCCCUUGGAGCAUGAGGAGUUGCUGCCUCCCCACUCGGCUGUGCCCAGACCAGGCAGGCAGAGGAGGACCGGCAGCAGGCACAGCUUUAAAGUGGGUCAGAGCCUACUCCCCACAGCAGCCAGCUCGGCUUUCCUCCUCUUUCCUUCCAGAACUUAUUUACUUUCUAAGCACUUCAGAUGUUUGCUACCUCGAUUUUUAAUUUAAGCUGCUGGCACUUGGCUGCCAGCCCUGUCGGUGUCUAAGUUGGAUGUAUCCAUCCCCGCGUCCGCCGAGAGCCGCCCGGGCGCGGGGCCACAUUCCCGGCUUCGGGGAGAUAACAGCGACGUGGCUGUUGCUGUCUUCCUGUCACCACCUCUUCCCUUCACGUCCCUCCACCCGCGGUUCCCAUCGACAGGAGUGAGCACACAGGGUGAAAUGGAUGUGCCGGCUGCCACCAGGCAUGGAAGUGGCAGGGCAGGGCUCGUCUACACUGUGAUGCUGGGCACUUCUUUCGUCAUCUUUUGUUCUGCUUGCUUGAAAGAGUCUUGUCUUAAAACAAUCCCUCACUGAAGUGUUUCUUAUUUGCACCACCUGCUCUUGAGUUUCUCCCUGGCUGGAGCUCCCUGGGAAGGGCACCCCUUGGGCUCCACAGGAGAGCAGGAGCUGCUGUCCCAGGAAGAGGAGAGAAAACCGUGGCCACACUGUCUGUGCUGCCUUGCCCCAGGUCUGUUUGAGGGCACGGGAAGCUGCACCGACCCCACCUUGGGCAUGGAGGAAAGAGGAGGAGGAGGAGUGGGAAGGGGGUUGGUGCUGCUUGCCUGCCCCAGUGGGGAGCCCCUCACCUGGCCACCAGCCAAAAAUCUGCUGGCAAGGCACGGCCCAAACCUGGGGGAGGGGG